GGGGUGGGUCCGCAACCAGCCCUGCCUUUCAAAGUCCAUCGCUCCGAGGAGGAAAUCGGGAAAUAUUUCCAGCAGCGGGAGGAGGAGGAGGAGGAGGAGGAGAAGAAGGAGAGCUGGAGCUGCCACCGCGGAGGGACGGCGGAUUUCUCUCUGCCCGCGGAGGGAUGCGGAGGGAGGGGAGGCUGCCUGCGGGGCGGGCCGGCUGAGCGCAUCCCCGGGGCGCUCUGCGUGUGUCUGUCUGUGUCUGUGUGUCUGCCCUCCCUCCCUCCAUCCAUCCUUCCAUCCUCCCUCCCUCCCUCCUCCCGCCGCGCCGCAGCCGCGUACCGGGGCUCCGCCGCUUCCCCCCCACAUUUCCCCCCCCCCCCCUCCCCCCAACCCUCCUUCCCGGGGCUCAGCCGCCCCCCCCACCCCCACCCCCCCCCCAUUCCCGCGAUGCCUCGCCGCUACUGACCCAGCCCCGGCGGCUCCCGCUCCUGCCCCUCGCCAGGUUGAGGACGUCUGGGACCUGUUCGGUGGAAGCGACCAUGUCGCGGGGAACUCACCCACCCACCUCCCCCCUGAGCUUCCAACUCCUGGGCGUUGUGCUGGUGUUGCUCUUCCACGCAGGCGGCACGGGCGCGGAGAGCCCCAGCGAAUUGCCUGUGAAUGACACCGAGGAGUGCACCGGCUCGUACAUCUGCAAAAAGGGUGUGAUUUUACCAAUAUGGGAACCCCAAGACCCUUCCUUUGGUGACAAAAUUGCUCGGGCAACAGUGUAUUUUGUAGCUAUGGUGUACAUGUUCCUGGGAGUAUCCAUCAUAGCGGACCGCUUCAUGUCCUCCAUCGAAGUCAUUACAUCCCAAGAGCGGGAAAUAACCAUCAAGAAGGCCAACGGUGAGACCAGCAAAACCACCGUGAGGAUCUGGAAUGAGACUGUUUCAAACCUCACGCUGAUGGCCUUGGGCUCGUCUGCCCCCGAGAUCCUCCUGUCUGUUAUUGAAGUGUGCGGCCAUGGCUUCACGGCAGGGGACUUGGGGCCAAGCACGAUUGUGGGGAGCGCUGCGUUUAACAUGUUUGUCAUCAUCGCGAUCUGCGUUUAUGUUGUUCCAGAUGGAGAGAUAAGGAAAAUCAAGCACUUGCGAGUGUUUUUUGUUACAGCGGCCUGGAGCAUCUUCGCCUACACUUGGCUUUACAUUAUUUUAUCCGUGUCUUCUCCUGGGAUUGUGGAGGUUUGGGAAGGCUUGCUUACCUUCUUCUUCUUCCCCAUCUGUGUGGUGUUUGCCUGGAUAGCUGACAGGAGGCUUUUAUUUUACAAGUACGUCUACAAGAAAUACCGAGCUGGCAAGCAGAGAGGCAUGAUCAUCGAGCACGAGGGCGACCGGCCAUCCUCCAAAGCUGAUAUCGAGAUGGACGGAAAGGUUGCUAAUUCUCAUGUGGAGAACUUUUUGGAUGGGACACUGGUGUUGGAGGUGGACGAGAAAGACCAGGAUGAUGAGGAAGCCAGGAGGGAAAUGGCCCGGAUCCUGAAGGAGCUGAAACAAAAGCACCCCGACAAGGAAAUUGAACAGCUUAUAGAGUUGGCCAACUACCAGGUCCUGAGCCAGCAGCAGAAGAGCAGGGCCUUCUACCGCAUUCAGGCCACUCGGCUCAUGACAGGAGCUGGCAACAUCUUGAAGAGACACGCUGCAGACCAGGCCCGCAAAGCUGUCAGCAUGCACGAGGUCAACAGCGAGGUGGCAGAAAAUGAUCCCAUCAGCAAGCUCUACUUUGAGCAGGGUACCUACCAGUGUCUGGAGAACUGUGGCACCGUCGCCCUGACCAUCAUUCGCCGGGGAGGCGACUUGACCAACACGGUGUACGUUGACUUCCGGACAGAGGAUGGGACGGCCAAUGCCGGCUCUGACUACGAGUUCACCGAAGGGACGGUGGUCUUCAAGCCUGGAGAGACCCAGAAGGAAAUCCGUGUUGGCAUAAUCGACGACGACAUAUUUGAGGAGGAUGAGAACUUCCUGGUUCACCUCAGCAACGUCCGCGUGAGCACCGAGGCCUCAGAUGAGGGCAUUCUCGAGGCCAGUCGUGUCUCAACUCUGGCCUGCUUGGGGUCACCAUCUACUGCCACCGUCACGAUCUUUGACGAUGACCACGCUGGCAUCUUCACCUUUGAGGAGCCAGUGACGCACGUCAGCGAAAGCGUGGGGACCAUGGAAGUGAAAGUGUUGCGAACCUCUGGUGCGCGUGGAAAUGUUAUUGUGCCCUACAAAACCAUCGAGGGCUCAGCCAAAGGUGGAGGAGAGGACUUUGAGGACACCUGCGGGGAGCUGGAGUUCCAGAACGACGAGAUAGUCAAAACGAUAUCAAUCAAGGUGAUAGAUGAUGAGGAGUAUGAGAAAAACAAGACCUUCUACCUAGAGAUCGGGGAGCCCCGGCUGGUGGAGAUGAGUGAGAAGAAAGGUGGCUUCACCAUCACAGGGAAACUUUGGAAGGGCAAACCUGUCUUCAGGAAGGUCCAGGCUAGAGAUCAUCCUCUUCCUUGCACCGUGGUCACCAUCCAAGAGGAGAACGAAGAAAAGCAGCCGCUGACCAGCAAAGAGGAGGAAGAGCGUCGGAUCGCGGAGAUGGGGCGCCCGGUCCUGGGGGAGCACACCAAGCUUGAAGUCAUCAUUGAGGAAUCCUACGAGUUCAAGAACACGGUGGACAAGCUCAUUAAGAAGACAAACCUGGCCCUGGUGGUUGGCACAAACAGCUGGAGGGAGCAGUUUAUUGAGGCUAUUACUGUCAGCGCGGGGGAGGAUGACGACGAUGAUGAAUGUGGGGAGGAGAAGCUGCCCUCCUGCUUCGACUACGUGAUGCACUUUCUGACCGUCUUCUGGAAGGUCCUUUUUGCCUUCGUGCCCCCGACAGACUACUGGAACGGCUGGGCUUGCUUCGUUGUCUCCAUCCUUAUGAUUGGCCUCCUGACAGCUUUCAUCGGUGACCUGGCAUCCCACUUCGGCUGCACCAUUGGCCUGAAGGACUCGGUCACCGCGGUGGUGUUUGUCGCACUGGGGACGUCGGUGCCAGACACGUUUGCCAGCAAAGUAGCGGCGACGCAGGACCAGUACGCAGAUGCCUCCAUCGGGAAUGUCACCGGGAGCAAUGCCGUGAACGUUUUCCUGGGCAUCGGGGUGGCCUGGUCCAUCGCAGCCAUCUACCAUGCAGCGCACGGACAAGUCUUCCAAGUCUCGCCCGGCACCUUGGCCUUCUCCGUCACCCUUUUCACCAUUUUUGCUUUUAUCAGUGUGGGCGUGCUGCUCUACCGGCGGAGACCCGAGAUUGGAGGUGAGCUGGGCGGGCCGCGGACUUCCAAGCUGCUCACAUCCUCACUCUUUAUCCUCCUCUGGCUCUUGUACAUAUUCUUCUCAUCUCUGGAAGCCUACUGCCACAUAAAGGGCUUCUAAAGGGACAAUCGGAGAUAGUAAAUAUAUAUAUAUCUAUAUGUAUCUAUAUAGAGCGAUAUAUAGGUAUAGAUAUAGAUAUAAGGCUGUGUAUAAUGAACAGAGAAAGAAUAAAAGAGAUUUGCCAUGUUCACACACCUGCUGACGGAAAGCGGCUUUGGAGCAUCCUCUGAACUAGGCAGGACCCCAAAGCCAGCAGGGCCCCCCCCCCCCCCCCCGCCGCCCUCGGGCAGCGGCCCCGGCCAGGAGCCCGGCGGCAGGGCCCUCUCUGCAACUCUCCCAACAAGAGCAGCUGACAGCCACCGAGCCCUCUGCCACCGCUCCCUCCUGCCCGCCCGGUCCCCUGGGAGGAUGGAUGUGAAGGUGACCGGGGUGCGUCGGGACGGGGAAGGCCAGAGUAGCUGGUGAGAAACGGAGCGGUGGGCAAGGGAAGGAGAGGCACGCGAGGGUCCUGAUCUCCAACCCACUGUCUCUACCUGCCUUCGCCACUCGGGAACGUCCCCCCUGGCCCCUCUUGGAGAGAAGCGAGAGACCUGCCUGAAGACCAGGGGAACUGGGGAGCUUUUUCUAAGGAUAGAACACAAACCGUUUUCGUCAUUGAUUUGGGGUUGUUUUGGGGUUUGGUUUUUUUUUUGGUUUUUUUUUUGGUUUUGGCGUGUGUGUACAACUAGCAUUUUUCCUCCCCACCCCGCCGUGCCCCUCGCCUUUCCCCCCUCCAUGCUUCGGGGAUGCGCAGCCGCAACCCCGUGUCCGGUGUCCUAAGCCAAGGCUGCGCGGAGCGGCGGGGGGGCUUCCCUCCUGCCUCCCCCGCCUCCUUGGGCAUGCUGUCGUGGUACUUGUAACAUUUGCAUGAAUGAAAUGAACCCUCUCUGUAUAUAGCAUCCUAUAGCGAUAGUCCUUCCAGCCGUGUGGGUUGAGCAUCGCAGAUACAAGUGUUUUCUUUCCACUGGAUUUUAUUUAUUUUAGCCCGUUUAGUUUCACCAUAGGUUACUGUCCGUUUGUGCGUUUCCUCUCCGCGGGGGUGAAAGGAGGGGAAGCCGUCCCCGUUUAUUGCUCUGCACGUGGCUCCACGAGAAGCAAUAACAGCCAUGCAGAGGUAGGUUUUCAAGGGAGGAAAACCCACACCCCAGGGAUCGCAGGCUCCGUCCCCCCACCCCUGCACGGCCAGGAUCCCCCCCCCCACAGUGGCCAGUCCAGGACGUGCUGAAGCCAGUGUGAAGGCCUCCUCCCCCUGCAAGAGGUUUUUACACGAGGUCCCAGAGAGGGAAGAGCAGCGUCCGAACCCGAGGGGGGCAAGCUCCCAGCACCUUGCCUGCCUCUGCUUUUAGAGCCAGUGGCUGCCUCGAAACCCCCGCCGGCCUCCCCCUGCGUCCCUGGAGGUUUAGUGACAGCCCCUCUUUCCGAGCACUGAGCCAUCAGGAUCAGUCCCCAGAGCCAGUCCUUCCCCCACCGCCGUACGGAGGCAGAAUAAUUCAAGUGCAAAAGGCUGAAGGGCUGUAACAAGCUCUGCCACGCCACCGAGGGUAACCAGGAAGAGUCAUGUGUGUGUCCCCCCCCCCCACCGCCAAGGAAAAAGGCCACAUCUUGCACUGCCCAAACCUGAAAUCAAUGGGAAGGGUGAGAUAGGGAGGUGUAACUCAGCAUCACACCCCCACACCCCCCCGACUCCGGCGCUGCGGGCUGGGGUAGAGAGCCGAGCCCCCCCCGCGCGCGCUGCCGGGCGCAGCGCUGGGAUGACCUGGUGCCCUGGUGUUCCGACUGGUCUUCUUCCCCUUACGCCUUUCCCCGGGGGCUUCCUGGAGUCCCAGCCAGGCAAACACGCAGCCUGCACGUCCACUGGUGAGCUCUUCCCACCCAGGUGAAAAACCACGGCUGACGCUUGCGCCGUAGCAGAGCGGCGGGGGGGCGGGGGGGGGGGAUUUGUACUCGUUUUGAACAAGCCGUGGAAAUUUUCAUUAACCUGUUGUAAGAUCUUCUCUAGGAAUAUGAAGUUGUGGUGUUUGGUUUUGGGUUUUUGGUUUUUUUUUUUGUUUUCUCCUCAAGCCUUCUUUUCACUGUUGAUGGGUUUGGGGGGUUUUCUUUUUGUUUCUCAUUGUUUCGGGGGAAGAAUCAAACACAGGUGCAGGCUGUUCAGAUUUAUGAUUACCUUUAUGUACAAUGAUUUCAUUUUCAUCUGUUUGGCUUCAUUGAUUUUUCUUUGUGUGUAUUGCCCACCACUAUAGGCAGUGAGUCCACUAAUUGUGAUGAUCCUUAUCAAUGGUACACAAUGCACAAACAAAUAAAGUUUGUAAUGUUUCCUGAUGGA